AUGACGAGUGACAGGGAUUGGGGAGGCGUCGGUCCAUUUAUAAGACCGGAGGACCUGCACAUGUGGCUCAUUUCUUUUGCGCUUCUUAUGGUACUAAAUUCGAUUCUUGCGGUUGUCUCCAGCCAGUUCAGCCGAGCAGGCAAUCCUCCUUGGAUUGAUUUUGUGGUCAUCAUCAAUUGGGGAGUUGUGUUCAGCUUAUGCGUGCUCUUCCGCUAUUUGAACAUUUUCGUAAACACGGAGAGAGCAAAAUGGCGGCUGCUUUUUUUUUCUUUGGCAUGCGUCAUCGUGCCUCGCUCCGUUAUUCCCUUCCGCUAUGUUGACUUCACCAUGCUUCUGAUGUGCCUUAUGCUGAUCGACUUCUUCAACGGGCGCCCUUCGUGCAAGACGCAUGUCUUCUGUGGCGUUAUGCUGGUUGUACUGUCCGCAUCUGACCAUGCAUGGGGAGUUAUGCCUCCUGGACUGUGGGUGGUGAAGCUUUUUGGGUCCUACCUGGCUGUGGCCAUAGGGAAGCUGGGCUACCGCGUCAUCCAGGUGUUUCACCGGCAAGCACAGGAAUCUAAUGGCCCCUCUGCCCCUGUUUGCCGAUGUGUCAGUAGGAGUGCAGUCUGUAGAAAGGGAGGGAGGAAGUUCGUCGGUUGCGAAAGGGCUGUUUUCGAAGAAGACACACGCAUCUGGAAGGAAGAAGGAGAGCAGCAGUUUUUCGUAGUGCCGAACAACUGCUACGGCAAAGUGGAUUGCAGCUGGUUCCUGGACGUACGCGUGCAUGGUGCAUUUGACAUGUUUUGUUUUCCGUUCGCAAGUGGGGUGGAAGGGCGCCAGUUCUUAGAAUGGCAGCAAGGCUUCAAGGCUGCGUAUGGAAAAGAGAGCCAGCGUUUUUGCUUGUGA